GUAAAAUUGAUCCAACAACGCUUGCAGUCUGAGCGUUCCACUCAAAUCAGUUUGCUUUCACGAGCAAUGUCGUAAUCAAAUUGUGUGCAAAUUGUAGUUAAAGAAUGGCAGUAAAACCGGGAGGAUUGGAUAUCAUGUUGGGUGGGGAUGCGUCUUCUUCCCAAGCCCCGGCUGACGUCCGACUGGAAUUCCUCUCGCAUGUCAUUCAGAAAUCUCUACGUCUAAAGGCUGAUCGUUGGAUCAAAGUGUUGACUGUUGAAGAAUAUCGCAAGAUUAUUCAAGAAUUUCUUGACAAUGCGGAGCCACCACUUAUUAUCUUCACUCAGAGCGGCCCAGGAAUUUUGGCCGUCAGCAAUGCACCACUGAACAGCCCUCAACAUCCUGCAGUGACGCUUACCACAGGAGGUGGAAGUUCAGCUGCUCGUAUGAAAUCGCUUUAUUUUCUGAAGAAACGAGCUGAGCCUGUCAAUCGAGAGGAUCCACGUAGUUCUCUUCUCUUUGGCGAUCUGGCCCCACAUCCAUUGGAACAAGUUCUCACAUUUCUGGACGAUGUUGUGGCUCCAGUGUUAGAUCAAACAUCGAAAGGGAGAAAAGAGAAUCAAAGUUCGCAGUCACCUUGGCCAUCUGCUGUUUCAAUGGAAUUGGAACGUCAGGCUCGAAACAUCCGCGGAACGGUCAAUCGGGCUCGAGGUCUUCUUGAUGGUAAAACCGUUUUGUACUGGCCGUGGACUGGUGCCUCAAGAUCCGAAUUACCUAGCCGGAUGGAAAUGGAAAGCUGCGUUCAGCAGUGGACGACUCAACUGACACCUUUGUUAGAGGCGGAAGAGCGCGGUAUAAGUGAACGCUCAUCUCUUAAUGAAGAAGUCUUGUAUUGGCGCAAUCGCAGCCAAGAUUUAGAAAAUAUAUUUGAACAAUUGAAAGAAGGAGUUGUCCGCCAGAUGGCAGCAACUCUAGAAGAAAUUGGCAGCGCCCAGUCGGCCACUUUCAAAAUGUUAUUAAGAAGAUUAAUUGCUGCACUUGCAGAGGCUCAAGAGAUAUCACUUCAUCUAAAGCCCAUCAUUAAACCUCUUGAAAAUUUGGAAGCGGCCGAUGUGACCGAAAUGGCCCAGCCUUUGCGGAUUUUGCUGCAUACGGCCUCUCUAGUCUGGUGCACUUGCGCUUAUUUUCGUCAGCCCAUCAAGUUGGCCAACUUGCUCCGUCAAGUCGGAAACGCUUUGAUUGAACGGUGCCGCAUCUUUCUCGACUCGCGCUCAAUUUUCACCUGGGAAAUUGAAGAAGCCAUGGAAAAGACUGCGGCCGCUCGCAGCAUCUUCGGCCACUUCCGCCAAUUCUACAACGAAGAGAGAGAGAAUAUUCCCAACUUAACUAACCGUCUACGUGAAGCAAAACGCUGCACAUUAACAUUGAGUCGAUCGGAAGCCAAGGAACUGUGGAAUCCACCCAUCCAAAUUGUUUUUGAGAAGGUGACCAUCUUUGAGAAGCGUCUAGUGACGAUCGUCAAAAUCUUUCAAUUGAUUCAAGAAUUCUCUCGACUCAGCCGAGUUGAAUUGAGCGCAAUGGGUGGACGUAGUUUAACAGCUCAAGUUCAGAAUAUUUGCAACCAAUUUUGCGACAUUAAAGCACCGGUCGUCAGUGGCCAGUUUGGCGAUUGCAUGGAUCCAGACAAUCAUCAGUUUGAAACGGUGGCCAUCGAAUUCCAACGCUCAGUCAUUACUCUAGAAGAGAAAAUGAUUUCCAUUGCUGGUAACGCCCUGGCAGAUGCCACAACGCCUUUGAAUGCCUACCGCGUCAUCCAACUGCUGGGCAGCUUUCUCGAUCGGCCGGCCAUGAUGCAAAAAGUCCGGGAAAGCUAUCCUCGUAUUGUUGGACUGGCCAUGCAGGAAAUUUCUACGUGCUCUGAUUAUCUUAAAAGUCUACCCAAUGCCGUAGAGUCACUCGAUUUGGUGAGUUCCGUCCGUCAGAUUCAGCAAAUUAGUAAAAGAGCUCGUGGACAUAUGGCCGCGUGUAACAGUCUUGGAAUCGAAAAUGACGUUGUUGGUAUGAAAAACCUAGAAGAGAAGCACAAGCUUUUUGAAGAAGCUGUCCAGACUAAAAUGAAUCAACAUCUAGAGCUGUGGACGGCCCGUAUGAAUCGCAUCGCCAUCCAUCGACCACUUUUAACUGUCACUGAGGGAGGCACAGGACGUGUCCAGAGUGGAGCAGAAGGUACCAUGGCUCGAAUGGUUACCGAAUGUCGCCAGUUGCAGCAGAUCGUAGACGCACCAACUGUGCCACCCAGUUGGCAGGCCUGGACAGCCAUUUACAGUUCUCUGAAGACCAAGAUGAAGCUGGUCGAUAUCAUUGUCAGUUGUUGCAGCAGCAUCGAAUCGUCUUUGACACCUUCAACACGUCGUCUGCUCGAACCACGUCUCCUCACCAUCAAAGUAGAUGUUGUGGCAAAAAUUCAAAGCCCGUCAUGGACCUGGGGCAGUCAAGACAUGACUGUGACGGAUGAAUUACGAAUAAUGGCAGAGAUGACACUGCGCCUACACCAGGCAAUGAAAAAAUUCUCUUCUGCUGCUGAAAUAGUCCAAUCCAUAGCCAAUGGUUGGUCGAAAACACCGAUAGUCGAGUUCCAAGAAGGAAUGUUACCAUCUGGAGAACAGUUGGUUGAAUUAUUUAACAAGAAAAAUGGCGAAUAUGCUGCCAUUUCGAAGAAAAUUGGAUUAAUUGUAGGCGAAGCCCAGCAAAUGAUGCCAGAUCUGCCACCAACGGAUUGGGUCACUUAUCUGGAGAUGAUUGAUGGGAUUAUAUUGGAAGGCUUACUCAAAGCAAUUACCUACACGUAUCAUCAUUUCAUUGAGAUGAGUAACAAGGGUAACUUGUAUGAGCUUCAAUUAAACAUAACCACCGAAGGAAUCAGCUUCCAACCACCUCUAACAUGUGUUGUGAGUAACGGGACGGAUGCGCCAGUUGGAUCAAGUGGCAUCAUACAACAAUUCACUAUUUUAAUGGCGGGUGUUGCGAGAAUUUCAAGUUCGAUGAUUCCCCUCAGCAAAGAAAUUCAAUUUCAAUCCAACGUGGACACUAAUACGUCAGUUGUAGCUCUUCAACAAGAACUGAAUGCGACAGUGUCGAACGCUGUCAUGGGCGUAUCCGAAGCAGUCCAAUCGCUGGAACAGUAUUCGUUCCUAUGGAACACGGACCCCAACGUUUAUUUACACAAUUUUCUGCAUCACAGUUGUCUAUUGGGCGAAUACAUACAUGACAAUGCCCCAUCCAGCCCUGCUACCCUGACGCACUUUAGACAACAACUGCAGCAGCUAAUAGAGUGGAAAACUGUUACCUCUGAUUGCAUCAGAGAGCUGGAGAAAGUAGGCAAAAGUUGCAAAUUGAAACUCAACGUGAAACCAGCUCUCCAGAGCAUAAAAAAUAUCAUGAGAUCGUGGCGAGUUCUUUUGUUGGAACAUGUAACAAAUUACGUCAUGGAUAGCGUCGUGGAUCUCGAAACUUUCUUGCAAGAGGCUGAAGAAGGUUUGGUAUGGCGUACGGGAGAAGAUGAAAAUGGAGACGCACAUAAUGGCCGUGAAGCUUUGCUACGUAUGAUGGGUCAUUUGGCUGAAGUGCGUUCCAGGCAGUCGGGCACUGAUGCCCUCUUUGCUCCGCUACAAGAGGCGGCCACGUUACUCAGAGAAUCGGAAAAUGAAUUAUCAGAGGAGAUUCUGCUGAAAUUGAAGCAUUUACCAGAAAGAUGGGAAGACAUUAAAGAAUCGGCGUGUGUGGCGAAACAGCAAGUUGCAUCAUUGCAAGCCAAUGAAAUCGCAGCUGUUCGCAAAAAAUUGGGUUCUUUUGAAUUGAGACAACUUCAAUUCAGAGAUGAAUUCCAUCGGCAAGACUUUUUCAGGUUUUCUUGCGAAGAUCCGUACAAGACGCUGGAUCACAUUCAUCAUCGCAUUUGCGCUAUGGAGAAAUAUUUAGAAGAAUUAUCCAAUUGGGCUGCCUUGUUUGAAGUGCCCGUUUCUGAAUUCAGAGGCCUGAAAAAUUGUAGACGCGAGACUGUGAUGAUCAAGCAGCUGUGGGAUUAUUCCUACGUUAUCAGAUCAAGUGUGGAUAAUUGGAAGACGACACAUUGGAAGGAAAUUGAUGUGGAGAGAAUGGAAAUCGAGUGCAAACAUUUCGCGAAAAACAUUCGCGGUCUAGAUAAAGAAAUGAGAGCUUGGGAUGCGUACAUUGGACUCGAUGCCUCUGUCAGAGAUCUCCUGACUUCCCUAAAGGCUAUUUCAGAGUUACAAAAUCCAGCAGUGCGAGAACGUCAUUGGACCCAACUUAUUGAAGCUACUAAACGUAAAACGUUCCUCAGAGACAAUUUCACAGUCAGUCUAGUAACCGGAGUUGAUACUACGCUGGCCGAUUUACUGGCGUUGGAUCUACAUCGUUACGAAGAUGAAGUGAGAUCGGUAGUCGAUCGAGCUGUCCGCGAAGUGUCAAUGGAAAAAACAUUGCGAGAACUUGAGGCUACCUGGGCCACCUUGGAAUUGGGUAAAGAAGAACACGCCCGAACAGGAUUGACUCUAUUAAAAGCAUCAGAUGAGUUAAUCGCAACUCUCGAAGACAAUCAGGUGCAAUUGCAGACUUUGGCGAGCUCCAAGUACGUUGCCCACUUGAUGGGCGAUGUCUUGGACUGGCAACGCCGUUUGGGUCUUGCAGAUCAGGUGCUGGCCUUGUGGUGCGAGGUCCAGCGAUCCUGGUCUCAUUUGGAGUCUAUCUUUGCUGGAUCGGGCACGGAUGACAUUCGUCAACAAUUACCCGAAGAUUCGAACCGUUUCGAUGAGACGAACGCCAGUUUCAAAGAAUUGCUCAGCCAGUUGCUGCUGAAACCGAAUGUCAUCAGCGUUGCUACUCGUCCCAACGUCCUGGACGACUUGCACCGUAUCGACGUGCAACUGCAACUUUGCGAGAAGGCGCUGGCCCAAUAUCUCGAAUCGAAACGUGUCGAUUUCCCGCGCUUCUAUUUCGUUUCUACGGCCGAUUUACUCGAUAUUCUCUCCAACGGCAAUAGUCCGCAGUUGAUUCAAAGGCAUCUCACAAAAUUAUUUGAUGCUGUGGCUCGCAUUAAAUUAGAGCCCAUCACAAACAACCAAAAAGAUGGCAAGUUAAUUUAAAUAUUCUUGGGACUUUGGUCGAAAGAUGGGGAAUACGUACCUCUUUGUAAACCAGUUCAAUGCGUUGGUCAAGUAGAAGGUUGGUUGAAUGCACUGGCUGAUUCCAUGCGCGUCUCUUUGCGUCUUUUGCUGCAAGAAGCGGUGGCUAUUCUUGAAGAAAAAACUAAAGACGCCUGGAUAUGGGACUUUCCAGCCCAAGUGACGUUGACAGCGUCUCAGAUUGCGUGGAACGCUGAAGUCAGUGCAGCUUUUCAAAGAUUAGAAGAAGGUUAUGAAAAUUCAAUGAAAGAUCUUCACAGAAAGCAGAUUGUCCAAUUGAAUUCACUCGUUGGUCUGCUGGGUACUGAUCUCAGUCCAAAUGACAGACAGAAGGUCAUGACUCUCUGUACUAUUGAUGUUCACUCACGAGAUGUUGUCGCUCGUCUAGUCCAACAUAAAGUUGAAAGCAGCCAGGCCUUUGCGUGGCAAUCGCAGCUUCGCCACAGAUGGAAUUACACAGAAAAGGACUGCUUUGUCAACAUUUGCGACGCCCAAUUUCGUUACUGGUACGAAUAUCUCGGAAAUACCCCGCGACUUGUGGUGACUCCCCUGACGGAUCGUUGUUACAUUACGCUGACGCAGAGUUUACAUUUAACAAUGGGCGGCGCUCCAGCUGGCCCUGCCGGUACGGGUAAAACGGAAACAACUAAAGAUCUUGGUCGAGCCCUGGGCAUGUUGGUCUACGUAUUCAAUUGCUCGGAGCAAAUGGACUACAAGACUUGCGGCAACAUUUACAAAGGAUUGGCCCAGACGGGCGCAUGGGGUUGCUUUGACGAGUUCAAUCGUAUUUCCGUUGAAGUCCUCUCAGUUGUUGCCGUCCAAAUCCGUUCGAUUCUCGACGCCCUUCGCCAACAUAGGGAACGCUUUUUCAUGAUGGAAGAGGAAAUACAACUGCAACCUACUGUCGGCAUGUUUGUCACGAUGAAUCCUGGAUAUGCUGGACGAACAGAGUUGCCAGAGAAUUUGAAAUCACUCUUCCGACCUUGUGCCAUGAUUGUUCCAGAUUCUGACCUCAUUUGCGAGAUCAUGUUGGUGGCCGAGGGUUUUCUAGAAGCCCGGACUUUAGCUCGCAAAUUGGUUACACUGUACUACUCGCUGUGUUGCCGAUUGUUAUCCAAACAGGAUCACUACGAUUGGGGAUUGAGAGCCAUUAAAUCUGUACUUGUUUUGGCUGGAACUUCCAAACGUAACAACUCGAUUCACAACCUAAGCGAAGAGCAGUUACUACUAGGUGCCCUUCGUGACGCCAAUUUACCUCGUUUGGUCUCGGAUGAUGUACCCGUGUUUCUGGCUUUGCUGGGCGAUCUUUUCCCUUCGGUUGAAUUGAAUCGCAUCACGGAUGCUACGAUGGAGAGAACUAUCCGACAGGCCGCCUUGGAUCUGAAACUACAACCGGAAGAUAUUUUCGUCACUCGAGUCGUCCAGUUACACGAAUUGCUUCAAGUUCGACAUUCCGUCUUUUUGCUCGGUCGAGCCGGAACGGGCAAAACGCAAGUUUGGCGGACACUUUUACGGACUUAUGCACUGAUGCGCUUGCGGCCCGUCUGCGUAGACAUCGACCCCAAAGCAGUGACAUCUGAUGAGCUUUUUGGCUUUGUCAAUCCAACGACAAGAGAAUGGCGGGAUGGACUUUUGUCUUCUAUUCUUCGAGAACAAGCCGCACAAAGCGCCAACAAACCACACGCUGGACCUAAAUGGAUCGUUCUCGAUGGCGACAUCGAUCCUGGAUGGAUUGAAUCUCUCAACACGCUCAUGGACGACAACAAAAUCCUGACAUUGGCCAGCAAUGAACGUAUCGCCCUGACGCCGCAAAUGCGUUUGCUGUUUGAGAUUUCUCAUUUGAAAUGCGCCACUCCGUCGUCAGUGUCUCGAGCUGGAAUCGUCCAUUUGAACGUCCAAGAUCUCGGCUGGACACCUUACAUUACAAGUUGGAUUGAAUCACGAACAGAAGGAUCCGGCGAACGACAACAUUUGACAAUUUUGAUGGACAAAUACAUCCCCAGUUGCCUGGAAGUCAUCCGCACCCGUUUCCGGACCAUAUUGCCCAUUCCGGAGAUCUGUCACUUGCAGAUGCUCUGUCGUCUGCUGGACUGCUUGUUGACACCCGCCAUCAUGUCAUCUGAAAAUCCUCGCGAACUCUACGAACUCUAUUUCGUCUUUGCCUGCGUCUGGGCAUUCGGCUCGGCCCUGUCGGGCGACGCCAACUCAAAUCAGCGAGCGGAUUUCAGCGCUUGGUGGGUCAGCGAAUUCAAAGCUGUUCGAUUUCCCAUCGCGCCCGGUUGUCCCACCGUUUUCGAUUUCUGCAUCGACACGGAAUUACAGACGUUAGUUCCAUGGACGGAGAGAGUUCCUAAAUUCGAUCCCGAUCCUGAUCUACCGAUUUACACGACGUUGGUUCCAACAGCCCAAUCCACUUGUCUGCGGUAUUUCCUUGAUUUAUUAAUGAGAGCUGGCCAGCCCAUUUUGCUGGUUGGAGCUUCAGGCUGUGGCAAAACAUCGUUAGUGGAAGAAGCUCUGGGAUGUCUUCCAGAAGAGUACAUCACCAGGGCAGUACCCAUGCAUUAUUACAUGACAUCUGAGAUGUUGCAAGGCGUGUUGGAGAAUUCUUUAGAAAAGAAAGCUGGAAGAAGUUAUGGGCCUCCAGGAAACAAGCACAUUAUUUAUUUCUUGGAUGAUUUCAAUGCACCACACAUGGAUAUUUAUGGAACGGCCCAAGCUCACACUCUAUUACGACAACAUCUCAGCUACGGUCAUUGGUACGAUCGAAUUAAAUUGGUUCCAAAAGAGAUCAAGAAUGUCCAGUACAUUGCUUGCAUGAACCCGACAGCUGGAACGUUUACCAUCGACUCUCGUCUUCAUCGCCAUUUCUUAACAUUUGCUGUCAGCACACCGAGCAACGAAACUCAAGAGCUCAUGUUCGGCUCGUGGCUUACCCGUCAUUUUGGCAAUCCGGUGCAACGAUUCGCACCCAAUUUACUCAAUCUCGUUCCGGCUUUGGUCGUCGCUUCGAUGACUCUCCAUCAACGACUCUGUUUGAUUUUCCAAGCGACUGCCAACAAGUUUCUUUAUGGUUUCAAUUUGCGCGACCUGUCUGCUCUCUUCAAAGGCUUGCUCCUCAGUACACCCGAAACGGUGCAGACGAGUUUGUCGCUUGUCCGUCUUUGGGCGCAUGAAGCCCACCGCGUUUAUGGCGACCGACUUAAUGAUGACAAAGAUGCGGAACUCUUUAAGAAAGCGCUUGUGGAUACGGUCAAGAAAUGUUUCGAUCGACAAUCGGCUUCGGAUCAAGCGCUGGAAUCUUGCUGCGCCGCUUUGGCCGAUGUAGACGAAGCCAGUGUUAUGCGAACGCCUCUUCUCUUUUGCCAUUUCUCACGCGGAUUGGGCGACGCCAAAUACGGAGAGGCCGAAGGCUAUACCUCUCUCAAUGGUAUUCUACAGCAAGCUCUAGCAGCUUACAACGAGUUGAAUCCUGUCAUGGAACUUGUCCUUUUCGAAGAUGCUAUUUCACAUGUUUGCAGGAUCAAUCGGAUUCUUGAAUUGCCGAGAGGACACGCCCUUCUCGUUGGUGUUGGUGGAAGCGGAAAGCAGAGUUUAGCACGUCUAGCAGCUUCCGUUGCUGGAUAUGAUGUGACGCAAUUACAAAUUCGGCCCGGUUAUGGCAUUCCUGAAUUACGGACUGAUUUGUCCGCUCUUUGCCUUAAAGCUGGACUUAAAAAACUGCCAACCGUCUUGUUAGUCACUGAUGCACAAUUGGUGGAUGAAACUCUAUUGGGUCCUAUCCAUGAUUUCUUAGCUGCUGGAGAAAUUCCCGGCCUAUUCUCAGAUGAUGAGAUUGACAACGUCGUCCAAGCUGUUCGAAAUGAAGUGAAAGCGCUGGGAUUGAUGGACUCGAGAGAUUUGUGUUGGCGUUUCUUCCUGGAACAAGUGCGGCGUCAUUUGCACAUCAUUCUUUGCUGUUCGCCCGUUGGAUCGACCCUGCGUUUGAGAACGCAACGAUUCCCCGCAUUAUUGGCCAGUAUGGCCAUCGAUUGCUUCUUACCGUGGCCGCACGAAGCUUUACUUUCAGUCUCCCAUAAAUACCUGUCUAGCAUUACAGUGCCGUUGCCGGAUGGAUUCGUCGAUUCUGCUUCCCAAUUUAUGGCGUUUGUUCAUUCGAGUGUCAGCGACACCUGUCGGUCAAUGCUGCAAACAGAAGGACGUUACGCCUAUACAACACCUAAAUCAUUUUUGGAACAAUUGCAAUUGUUUGUCCGUCUUCUCGACCGGCAAACUUCUUUGCUACAAGCCAAAAUUGGACGAUUGGAAAAUGGAUUGGAUCGUUUAAGAGUGGCUGCGUUGCAAGUUGAUGAUUUAAAAGAAGUGCUAGCUGUUCAAGAAGUUGAAUUAUUAAAGAAAACUGAAGAAGCUGAUCGUCUUAUUAAUGUGGUACGCAUUGAAACUGAAAAAGUCAGUAAAGAAAAAUUGCUUGCUGAUGCGGAAGAGAAACGCGUUGCUGCUAUGGCCAUCGAAGUAGCUCAAAGACAACGUGAAUGCGAGGAAGAUUUAGUUCGAGCUGAACCAGCGCUAGUAGCUGCUCAAGAAGCACUCAAUACUCUCAAUAAAGCUAAUCUAACUGAGCUCAAAUCGUUCAGUUCACCUCCACUUGCUGUUACUAAUGUUACAGCGGCCGUCCUAGUUCUUCUAUCCCCACAAGGUAAAAUUCCAAAAGAUCGAUCAUGGAGGUCAUCAAAGAUAAUGAUGGGACGAGUUGAUCAGUUUCUUGAUUCGUUGAUCAAUUACGACAAGGAGCACAUCCAUCCGGAUAUCAUUCGGGCGAUUCAUCCAUAUCUGGACAAUCCAGAAUUCGACCCUGAAUUUAUCUCGUCCAAAUCUUCAGCAGCUGCUGGUCUCUGCUCUUGGGUCAUCAACAUUAUUCUCUUUUAUGAAGUGUAUUGCAAUGUCGAACCCAAACGACGUGCACUGGAAGCUGCUGACGCAGAGUUGGCUGCUGCGCAGGAGAAAGAAGCCGCUAUUAAAGCUAAAGUGCGGACUUUGGAAGCAACUCUGGAACAAUUAACUGCCGAAUUCGAGAGAGCCAAUGCCGAAAAGAGAGAAUGCCAAGAAGAAGCAGAACAUACAAAUCGAACUUUGGUUCAAGCUAAUCGAUUAAUUCAUGGAUUAGCCUCUGAAAAAAUUCGAUGGUUCCAAGCCGUGGAAUUUCUACGUCGCAAUGAAUUGACGAUGGCCGGCGAUGUCCUACUGACAACAGCUUUCGUCUCUUACGCUGGUGUAUUUCCAAAACGUUACCGGACUCAUCUCCUGACAAAAGCCUGGAUUCCGUUUUUGAAUGGACUUGCAACCAAGCCCGUCUUGUUGUCCGAAAGUUUUGAUCCUGUUAAUCUGUUAGCAGAUGCCGCCCAAAUCGCUACGUGGAACAACGAAGGACUUCCAGCCGAUCGGAUGUCCAUUGAAAACGCCGGAAUUUUAACAACAUGUGAGCGUUGGCCGUUGUUAAUUGAUCCCCAAUUACAAGGAUUAAAAUGGAUUAAAGGUCAUUAUGGAGAACGACUUCAAAUCACUUCCCUUGGACUGAAAGGCUUCCAGGAAAUGUUGGAACGUUGCCUAAGAGAAGGCAAGGUCCUUCUAAUUGAAAACGUCAAUGAAGAGCUGGAUGCGUCCCUGGAUCCCUUGAUGAGCCGACAGUUUGUCAAGAAAGGCAAAGCAAUUAAGAUUGACGGCAAGGAAGUUGAUCUGCAUCCCGAUUUCAGGCUUAUUAUUCAUUCCAAACUGGCUAAUCCGCAUUUCCGACCUGAGUUACAAGCGCAAGCUACUCUAUUAAACUUUACGGUUACUCGUGACGGACUUGAAGAACAGCUGCUGGCCGAAGUAGUGAGAGCUGAAAGACCCGACCUGGAAAACUCACGAGCCGAGUUGGUCAAACAAGAAAACGAUUUCAAAAUCGCUUUGAAAGCUCUUGAGGACGAUCUCCUUCUCCGUCUGUCUAAAGCCCAGGGUGCUUUCCUGGCCGAUUCGCAAUUAGUUGAUUCUCUGGAACAAACUAAAGCUACCGCCAACGAUAUUACUCAACGAGCAGCUGAAGCGGCUCAAACGGCACAGGCCGUCAACGAAUUCCGUGAGUUGUACCGUCCUGCCGCUUCUAGAGCCUCGCUUCUCUUUUUCAUCAUCGGUGAUCUUCGACAAUUAAAUCCCAUCUACCAGUUUUCUUUGAAAUCCUUCAUUGGGGUCUUCCAGCGGGCGUUGGCAAAAGCAACGGCUUCAUCUGACGUGGCCGUUCGAGUUACUCACCUGGUUGACUCAAUUACCUACGCUCUGUUUCAGUACGUGGCCAGGGGACUGUUUGAGCAGGAUCGACUGGUUUAUACUGUCCAGCAAACGUUCCAGAUUCUUAUAGCAUCAGGCGAUGUGGACCCAGUUGACGUGGACUUUUUCCUUCGUUUCCCCGUUGUUUCUGGUCUCAACGUUUCCGGCAGUCCAGUCGAUUAUCUCACCCCCGCAACUUGGAGCGUUGUCAAAAGUUUGUCGUCAACGGAUGAAUUCCGGCACUUGGAUCGAGACAUUGAAUCAUCCUCCAAAAGAUGGCGCAAAAUUAUCGAGUCUGAAUUCCCUGAAAGAGAACGACUUCCACAGGACUGGAAAACGCGAUCAGCUCUACAACGCCUCUGCGUGUUAAGAGCCCUGAGACCCGACCGACUGUCUCACGCUUUGCGUCUCUUUAUCGAAGAAAAGUUGGGAUCGCGUUACGUCGAAUCCCUUACCGUCGAACUGUCACAAUGCGUGGCCGAGAUGUCGCCCACCACUCCUCUAUGUUUUAUCCUUUCCACUGGUGUGAAUCCUUUACUCGAAGUGGAACAAAUCGCUAGGAAGAUGGGCCGUACGGCCGAUAAUGGACUUCUCCAUCUCGUCAGUUUGGGACAAGGUCAAGAAGGCAAUGCAGAGAAUGUAUUAAAGAAAUCAUCCGAGCACGGUCAUUGGGUCAUUCUCCAGAAUAUACAUCUAGUGAAGAAAUGGCUGCCGACAUUGGAACGCCUUCUUGAACGCUUCGGCGUGAAUGCUCAUCCAGAGUACAGAGUUUUUCUUAGCGUUCAACCACCUGCCACGAAAUCAGCAAGCGUCGUGCCUCAAGGUUUACUGGAGUCGUGCAUUAAAUUGACUAGCGAGCCGCCUCGUGGUAUCAAAGCCAAUUUACACAUGGCGCUUGAUCAUUUCGACCAGGAAGCGCUGGAGCAAUGUUCUCGAGAAGCCGAAUUCAAGACACUCCUUUUCACUCUCUGCUACUUCCACGCCGUAGUGACGGAGCGUCGGCAUUUCGGGGCCCAAGGCUGGAACAGAACAUACCCGUUCUCUGCCGGUGAUUUGACCAUCAGUGUCAAUGUAUUGUUAAAUUACAUCGAGAGCAGCGGGAAUUCAGGCCGAGUCCCGUGGGAAGACUUGCGUUAUCUCCUUGGAGAGAUCAUGUACGGCGGUCAUGUAACAGAUGACUGGGAUCGGCGCUUGACCCGGGCCUAUUUGGAAGAACUGUUACAGCCAGACUUGCUGGAAGGAGAAUUACUAUUGGCUCCAAACUUUCCAGCUCCUCCCAACAGAGAUUACAGUGGCUAUCAGCGCUACAUCGACGAAUCCCUCCCACCAGAAUCCACCUAUCUGUACGGCCUUCAUCCGAAUGCGGAAAUUGGUAUUUUGACUCGUAGCGCUGGAAUGUUAUGUCGGGAACUGCUCGGUUUGCAGCCCCGACAGGGCGCGGGUUUAAGUGGAGGUGCCGUCUUGAGCAAAGACGAUCGAGUGAAGCAAAUCUUGGAUGAAAUACUCGAAAAAUUGCCAGACGAAUUCCCUUUGGUUGAAAUUUGUAGCCGAUUGGAAGAAAAAACGCCGUUUAUGGUAGUCAUUGUACAAGAAUGUGAAAGAGUUAAUGGACUUUUGAUUGAGGCCAAGAGGUCCCUUCGAGAACUCGACAAGGGGUUAAAGGGUGAACUGUCCCUGACCGAGGAUAUGGAAGAUAUGUCUUCAUCGCUCUACCUUGAUCAAGUUCCGGUACGAUGGGCUAAGUUGGCCUAUCCAUCAAUGUUGCCUCUAACGGCCUGGAUUACCGAUUUACAGCAAAGACAUAAAGAGCUAGACAUUUGGCUCGUCGAUUUCCAAACACCACCAUCGGUAUGGCUUGGAGGAUUUUUCAGUCCGCAAGCUUUCUUGACUGCAGUCAUGCAGACAGCUGCUAGAAGAGCGGAAUUGCCCCUCGAUCGGAUGGCUUUGGCUGUGGAAGUGACUAAGAAAACGCGCGAGGAAAUUUCAUCCGCCCCACGUGAAGGAGUUUAUAUUCACGGAUUGUUUUUGGAAGGUGCACGAUGGGAUUCUAACUUGGGAGUGUUAGCUGAGGCUAGAUUAAAAGAGCUGCAUCCACCUAUGCCCGUAAUUUACGUAAAGGCUGUCACGCAAGAUAAACUGGACAUUCGAGGAACAUAUGAGUGCCCGGUAUAUCAUACCCAACAGAGAGCUGAAACUUACAUUUGGAAUUUCCAGUUGAAAACGAGAGACAAGCCUUCUAAAUGGGUUCUAGCUGGUACAGCAUUGCUGCUACAAAUCUGAUCUCAAUGGUACAAGUCUAUAAGCAGUUGUAGUCUUUUACGUACGCAAUAAUACA